GUGACCCGAUCUUUGUGUAAUAACUCUUGCCAGAAGAUGACUUGACUCUCGGCUGCCCCGAACCAUAUGAGAGAGUUGCACCUGGCUGGUCUUUCUUGAUUGCAAGUGCGAUUGCACGAGGAACUUGUUUCGCAACAGACAUACUAAAGAAGUUGAAGUGUUGGUGAUAAUUUGAUGUUCAAGAGCGAUAAGCAAGUGGAGUUCCAUUAUUGACCCAUUCCUCCCUUUCCUAUAGCUAGGCCUAUGAUCGGUUUGUGGAGACGAGAACAAUCUGAGGAAAGACGCUUACGCGACUACGAUGUGUCAUCACUGUCUCCUGACUUACUCCCCAAGGCCUCGGGCCUCGGGUUUCUGUCUGAACUCUCGAGCGACAAGCCUAUCUCCAAGGUAUCGGUGAAUGUCGGCGACCGUAGGACCUGUUUGACCUUUCGGUCUCACCGAGAAAUACAUCUAACCUCCAUGACUUCAUCAAUAGUCAUUAGGCGAUGGCCGUAUGAGAACUGCUUUUUCUAGGAGUUGCUUCAUUUUGAUAGCAUCAUCCUUCGCGUUGCAGUGGGGCUCUUCAGCGUGACUCUUACAGAUGUCGAAAUUUGGCCUUGGUCUUCUGUCUUUAAGGAUCAGAUUAGGUAUCGACUGUCAUCAGGGCUUCUCCGGCGGAACACCGAUGAUAUAAAUACCCCUGAAGUUGAGCGUUGGAGGGAUCACCUAGCACUAUCUAACUGUUCUGCGACGUUCCUGUCUACCAACAAUCUGACGCAUCCGAAACAUGUCCAAUAUCAAUAAAGGUGUUCCUGACGCGGAUCAAUACUAUUCGCUCAAUGAUCCAGCCAUAGGUACUGUACUGCCAGUGGACGCGUAUCCUCAGAAUGCGCGAGUUCCCAAGCUUUUCGAGCCUCUCACCAUCCGUGGUGUAAACUUCAAGAAUCGGAUUUUUGUAUCGCCUAUGUGUCAGUAUAGCUCAGACAAUGGGCAUGCCACUGACUGGCAUUUAAUUCACAUUGGCGCUUUCGCUACCCGCGGCGCGGGAGCCAUUUGUUUAGAAGCCACCUCUGUCGUUCGUGAAGGACGAAUUUCCCCUCAGGACGCUGGAUUGUGGACAGACAGUCAGAUUGCACCUUUGCAACGUAUCGUCAAGUUCGCGCACGCACACCAGGCAACAAUUGGCAUUCAACUUUGUCAUGCCGGCCGGAAGUCCUCUACCAUUGCACAAUGGGUACAUGCAGAUCUUGCCAAAACGAAGAAAUCUAACACUUGGGUUGCCGAGAAAGAAGACGGCGGUUGGCCUGACAAAGUGUACGGACCCACCGACAUUCUAUAUGGCGAGGAUUAUCCUAAGCCUAACCCGAUGUCUGAGGAGGACAUGACAUACGUCGAAGAUGCUUUCGUGAAAGCUAUAGAGCGCUGCAAGAUCAUUGGAUUCGACUUUAUAGAGAUACAUGCAGCGCACGGAUACCUCUUGCACAACUUUUUGUCACCUUUAUCCAAUAACCGAGCUGAUAAGUAUGGUGGCUCGUUUGAGAACCGCGUACGCUGGCCGCUGCGGGUCCUCCAACUUUGUCGCAAAGCCUGGGAAAAGCCUUUGUUCGUUCGCAUUAGCGCAAUUGAAUGGGCAGAAGGGCCAGAAAGGGGUCCAGAUGGUGAAUGGGAACAAUGGGGCAUUGAGCAGAGCAACCUCCUCGUUGGAGAGUUGGAGAAGAUGGGCAUCGACCUUGUGGAUGUUAGCACCGGCGGAAACUGGGCGAAACAGAAGAUUCCCGUGGGUCCUGGAUACCAGGUUCCUUUUGCAGAGGCUGUCAAGAAAGCAUACCCUAAUAUACUUGUGGGAGCGGUGGGCUUGAUUACAGGCUACCGCGAGGCUGAAUCGUACCUCCAAGAUGGAAAGGCAGACGUCGUCUUCCUUGCACGCGAGUUCAUUCGUAACCCCAAUUUUGUCUUGAACGCUGCUCAGGAACUUGGUGUUGCGAUCAAGCCUGCUAACCAAUACGAACGAGGAUGGACGAGGAUGGCGGUUCCAAAGAAGCUCCAGUAAUUCGUGUAUGUUUGCUAUAUGUGAUGAUAUCCCCAUUAGAACGAUAUUGUACAUACGUAGAAGCAGGCGUAAGUCCUGUUGUUCGGAAAUGAAUACUUGAGUUUGUAUCACUACAAAG